AUGUCGGCAAAAUCUAUUUUAAAACAUAUUCAAGCUAUUACAUUUGAUGUUCAUAACGUUCUAUUAACAGUUCGAAAUGGUGCGCCUCAUCAGUAUGCACGAUUAGCUCGUCAACAUUUAGGCGUGGAAUCGAUCGAUGAAUCAUUACUUCGAACAAAUUUUAUUCAAGCUUUUCGUACGUUGAAUAUCAAGCAUCCGGGCUAUGGUGUUCGUACGAAUAUAACUUCUCGUCAAUGGUGGACGUUCUUGAUUGAGUAUACAUUCAAAGAUUAUCAUCUCUCAUCGGAACAAUUGAAUAAAUUAAGUCUAAUUAUUUAUGAUGAAUUCGCUAAAGGCGAACUGUGGGUUAAACAUCCUGAAGCUGAUGAAGUUUUAAGAGAAUUGAAACCAAAGAAAACACUCGGUGUUAUAUCAAAUUUUGAUGAACGUUUGGAAUCACUGCUUGAACAACAUCAACUCCGACAAUAUUUCCAGUUUAUUCUAACACCUCGAAAUUGCGGAGCGUACAAGCCUCAAGCAGACAUUUUCAAUCGUGCAGCAAAAUUAGCACAAGUGAAAUCCAACGAACAUCUCUGUCAUAUCGGUGAUGAUGUGAAACUUGAUUACCAAGGAGGACGAGCAGCAGGUUGUCAUGUUCUCUUGUUGACGAAGGAUGAACAUGCCGAUAUCGAUAGAAGUCACACGAUUAGCAGCCUUAAAGAAUUAAUCAAUAAAUUUAGUUAG